GGCUGCAGAACCACCCAAGUCCUCCAUGAGCAUCUACCCUUGAGCUCUGCCUUUCGACCAGGCUUCCUGAGUUCCCACCUCUUUAGGAAACUUCUAGAGGCCCCGCAGAUCUAGACAUCCUGAUGGCUGUGGCUAGGCAGGGAGUUGGGAACUCCCUCUGGGACUCCACUUCCGAUGAUGCGUAAGCUUCCUGAGCUUGCAAAGGGCACAUCCCAGGCGAGGAGCAUCCGAUACAGCCAGCCCCUGCUUCAUGCAGCCCUUCAGCAUCCCGGUCCAAAUCACACUACAGGGUGGUCGGAGGCGCCAAGGGAGGACAGCACUUCCGGCCUCAGGCAAAAGCAAUGGAGAUCCCCUGAAGGUGCACCCAAAACUUCCAUCGAGCGCUGGUGAGGACCGGGCCACGCUGCUGGGCAUCGUCAUGAUAGCCUCCUCCGUGCUGAUGUUCUUCCUGCUGGGGACCACUGUGUUGAAGCCCUUCAUGCUCCGCUCUCCCAGAGAAGAAUCAAACUGCACCACUGUCCACACACACAUUGCAGAUGAUUGGCUGGACUUUGCCUUCACCUGUGAGGGUAGCUGCCGGGGCCAGGGGACAUACCCCUGCCUGCAGGUGUUCGUCAACCUUAGCCACUCGGGACAGAAAGUGCUUCUCCAUUACGAUGAGGAGGCCAUCAGGACCAACCCCAAGUGCUUUUACACACCCAAGUGUCACGGAGACAGGGAUGAUCUGCUCAACAGUGCCCUGGAUAUCAAGGAAUUCUUCGAUCACAACAAUGGAACUUUCCCCUGCUUCUACAGUCCUGACGGGCCCCUGGGAGUGGUCCUGAGGAAGUCUGGCCACAAGGUUGUCUUUCACUGCUUAUUUUGGCCUUUACUGACGUUGCUGGGAGGCGCUCUGAUUGUUGGUUUGGUUAGGCUAACACAACAUCUGUCCUUUCAGUGUGAAAAGUAUAGAGCAGUGGUAAGAGCUUAAGCAGGAGUUAGAACACAUCCUGCGGGCUGGCGCAGGUCUACACUGUACAGCGUGGCAAAGAGUCAGGGAAGGAACAGAGAGAACUGAAGAGGGCGGUCCCACCUCUCCAGUCCCAAGAUGCUCCAGAUGAAGACUUGACCACUGCCAGGCAGACUUGUGAUCCCAGCCCUUGGGAGGCAGAGGCAGGAGGAUCAGGUUCAAAGGCAACAUACUGGGGUUGAAGAGUAUUCCCAGGCCCUGGGUUUGAGCCCCAGUACUUGAAACAAUCAUAUCUGCUUACAGACCUGCUGUGUGAGGGCAAAGGCACAGCUUUCCACACGAGAACGUCUUUAAAUGUUGACCAUUUUCUAUUAAUUCUAAACAAUAUGUACCGUUUCAACAGUUUUUCCAAUCUCCUUCACACAAGCCAUGGAAGCAGUCUUCUCAUAGGCAAAGUUAAUUCAAGGUAGGUCUUUAUGUGACUUAAGCUCUCUGGCAGGGGAGGGUAACAAGCCACUGCUGAGUCUGUCUGUCCAACACUUAGCAGCUAGCUUAUGAGGUUCACACGAAAACAUUUCUCACAGGAAAAAAAAAUAUUAGGAGCUGGGGAGAUGGCUCAGUUGGUAAAACAUUUGCAGUGCAAGCAGGAUCACCUGACUUGUCAGACACAUUAAA